AUGUCUUCUCUCCAAUCCCCCGUCGUCACCGUGCCUACAGUACCGCAGUGUGAAUACCCCGAGAUCCUUCAAAAGCUCGAGAGAGUUAUCAUCGCUUGGACGUGGACAGAUACGAUCGCAUUCUGCGUCCUCGCUGUAUCUUUCAUGUUAAUUUUUGGUUUCCUCACCGGACUUAUCAAUAUCUUCGUCGACUUUACCAUCGCACCCUAUAUCAGACGCUUCUUCGACUACUUAUUUGGGGGAUCAUCCAACUACACGAACCUCGAGGCAAGACAAUACGAGUACGAGUACUGCGGCACUGUACGCGCACCCGUCGAUCGCCCUCACAACCUCCGUGUUGUCCAAGCAGAAGGGCAGAACAGACAAUCGGAUCAGAAGCGAUCAAAGGAUGAUAUCGAUGCCACACUAUACCUUUUCAUGGAUAACUUUGAGAAUGGAGGGGUGCGCAACGAGAUCUCCUUUAAAGCCGUUUUUUACGUCAAGGAGAAGGAUCCGGGUGUUGAAAAGUGCAACUAG